UUUUUCUUCAACUUUCAUUAAAGAACUCUUUAUUAUUCUUUCCGAUUUCAUUGAAAAUCAAACCACCUUAAAUAUCGUUGGAUUAUCCUAAAUCAAGAGCGGUGAUCAAUCAUAUGGAAAUUCUUUUUCCUUUUGUAGAUCAGCCAGAUAAGCGGGUUGGCAAAUGAAAAAGAAAAGAUUAGGUGAGCCUAAGCCUUGGCAAUAUGGCUUGACAGAGUAGAAACAAAGACGGAAAACAAAUUCAUACUAUGAGUCUUUUUGGUCUUGGCAGCAGAAACCAGAAGACAUUUCGGCCCAAGAAGAAUGCUCCUUCAGGAAGUAAGGGUGUUCAACUUCAAAGGCAUAUUGAUGCUACUUUGGGUAGUGGGAACCUUAGGGAAGCUGUGCGAUUACCUCCUGGAGAAGAUAUCAACGAGUGGCUCGCUGUGAAUACCGUGGAUUUCUUCAAUCAAAUGAAUAUUUUAUAUGGCACUCUUACUGAAUUCUGCACGGCGGGAAACUGUCCAACGAUGACAGCAGGACCAAAAUACGAGUAUAGAUGGGCUGAUGGAGUUACCAUUAAGAAGCCAAUUGAGGUGUCUGCUCCAAAGUAUGUUGAAUAUCUAAUGGACUGGAUUGAGGCUCAGCUUGAUGAUGAGUUGAUUUUCCCUCAAAAGUUAGGGGCGCCAUUUCCUCCAAAUUUCCAAGAUGUUGUCAAGACAAUCUUUAAGCGAUUAUUCCGUGUAUACGCCCACAUCUAUCACUCACAUUUUCAGAAGAUUGUGAGCUUGAAGGAAGAAGCUCAUCUAAAUACUUGCUUCAAGCAUUUUGUUCUCUUUACAUGGGAAUUUCGCUUGAUAGACAAAGGGGAGCUUGCACCUCUAAACGACCUUGUUGAAUCUAUUCUGAAGCUAUAGUGCCUUGAGGAUCUCUUAUCAAUUUUUGUCUUUAGUUUGACUGUUUCGGAUAUAAAUUUUUCUCUGUCAACCCGUUAGACUUUUUGUGGAAUCAAAUGCUUCGUGUAAGCGUCCUUUCUCUCACUCUUUUGCUCGUAUGAUGAUUAAUUCUUGUGAAUCAAAGGAUAAAUAAUGUAUUGAACGCAUAAUUCAACAGAUUUUGUUACAGUUUCGAUAA